CAGCAUCAGGGCUGCAGCCUGACGGGGGGGGGGGGGAGAGAGGAGCCUUCCAUCGGGGGUCAUGCUGAAUUUUGGAGUGUCUCCUUUCCAGCUUGCUGUAAGUAGAUCUAUCCGUCCAUUGCAAGAGUCAUUUGGAGCGGUGGAGUGGAUUGGGGGGCGGGGACCAAGCUUUCAGCUGGGGAAAAAGUGCUUUUGGCGGAGAAGGGAAAGAUGCGAUUUCUGUAAAGAGAUGGAAAAGGCGUAUUUGUUCAAAAGGGCAACGUAGAGAGAGAUCCGACCAGCUUGAGGUGUGUCUCGGUCAGAGGCUUUUAAGAAGCGAAGGACCUGUUGGGGAGGAAGGAAAUGGGGCUUAGUGGAACCUUUUUUUUGCAAGGGUGUGUGUGUUGUGAAAACGAAUAUUUGGUUAUAAAUGGGUGUGUGCAGCGAGGUGUAAGAACUGGGGUGCAGUGCAUAAAUGUUGCGACGCAACACAAUUGGAUUAUAUACAUUUGAGUUUGAAAGGGGCUUUCUUGGGGGGGGGGGGAGGCGAUGCUCUUGGAAACUGCCUGGAGGGGAGUAUGGCUAUAGGGGAGCAUCAAGUGUGGCCCUCUUCGAGGGGGAACUUUUUGGUAUGUGGCCUGAUUCUAUGGUGAGAAUCCUGUAUUGCAGCAGGGGGUUGGACUAGAUGACCCUGGGGUCCCUUCCAACUCUGUGAAAGGCAACUCUUAAAAGUGAUUUGAGUGAAAAGGCUAAAGCAGGCGGGGAGGGGAGAGAUUGAAAGAGGCUUAAAGGCUGCCGAGGAAGGACUACUAUUGUGGAAUUACCCGGGAAAUAAGAGAUCGGAAAAGAAGCUGGUAGAAAGUAACCCCGCGUGUGGAGAGAGAUGAGGGAAGUCGGGAAAUGAAGAGGCGGCAUGUGGCGGCGGCGGAGGCAGGCUGCUCGCUUAGAGAGCCCCAAUGCGAGGAAGGGACGAAGCAAACAAACGAACAGGGCGUGAGUGAGACCCAAUGUGUGGGUGACGGGGGGCUCGGUGAAGCGGUUUGGGGGGCCGCCAGGACUUGGGUGGGUGGGUGGCGGCGGCGCUGAGGGGGCGAGCCCGGCCCCGGGGUGGGUCAUGGUAUGACUGAAGGAAAGCGGGAAGAGGCCGGGCGAGCCGCAUUCCCUGAGCGGGCGAGGCGGGCCUUCCAGAAUAAAAUGAGGGCGCCGACCGCUCGCCCCACAUUCCUCCGGGCGAGGCUCCCGCUUGGCGGUGUGCGUUCGCCCCUUUCCUUCCGCCUCCUUCUCUAGCAGACGAGCCUGGGCGGGAACUCCCGCCCCGCCCCAUUUGCAGGCGGAAGCCGUUUUCUGUUCCCAGCAGAGCGCGUUGGCUUCGGGGGCGCCGCGCAAGGCUAGCGCUGCGGCCUCGAGGGCUUGGCUUUUCUGUGUGUGCGCGGCUUCCUGACGCCCGUCAGGUUGCAGGAGGAGGAAGAAGCAAACAUUCGCCCGGCUGCUGGUGCCUUCGGGGGAGCGGGCCAGGCCUGCCCAAACCCACGCGCAGGAAACGGGGGGGUGGGGGGCCUCCCAGGAAAAAAAUGCGUUUACAGAAGCCUCGUGAACUGGUGGGGUGGAAGGGUUGGGGCGCUGAGUUCAAGGCUCGCCCCCGCGCUGGAGAUACAAGUGGACGAGCAUCAUCAGCUUUUCCCAGCAGCAGCAGCAGGCGAGAUCUCUUCCGGCACGCACAGAUGCUCGCCUCUGCUCCUUUCGCCUCGAGGCGUGGGAGGGGGAGAGUGGGCGGGGCCUGCGAGAGCUCGCAUUCUAGAACGCGCGGCAAGGAAGUAGGGGAAAGGUCGCCGAGCGGCAAUUCCCAGUCCUCGUUCCCCGAGCGCCGAGCAGCAGCCGCUGAUCACGCUUUGUUCACAUGUCCCCGCCCACUGAGCCUACACACUCUCUGGGGGGGGUAGCGGCCGGCCAAUCGUCUCCCGCGGCGCCCGACCUUGGCGGCCAAUGGGCGGCGGGCAGGGCGGUCCUUCGGGAAGCGAGUGCGUGCUGUUUGGAAUGGGCGGGCGGGGCGUGUGAGUCACCGGCGGAGGCUCUCUGAGGUGAACGUGGCUCGGCUCCAAGAUCCGGCUGCCGGCGAGGAUCUCCCUGCCCCCGCCUUCCUUAGGCCUUGUAGUCGCCGAGCGGCGGCGGAUGUAGCCAUUCCCUUUCGGCGCUCGGCCCUCUGCGCCUGUAUGGCGGCCUUGCAGCGCGCGCCUUGAGGCGUGACUUAUGGUGCAGGGGUUGCAGCCGAAGGCAGGCAUUGGCGGGUUGGCCAACUUCAUGGGAAAGAGAUCUUAUGCACGGGGCUCUAAUAAAGGCGGGUAAAAAGUGUUGCACAUAAAUUCAAAAGGCAUCCUUCAGACCUCUGGCUGGGCGCAACGGAAUGGGGGUUUUCCGCACGCAGGAAACGAGCAAGGAAUUUGAGGGGUGGGGUGGCUUUUUUUGGGGGGGGAGCAAGUUGUUCACAGGAAUCCCUAAACCACAACCUCGCUUGGAGCACCUCAAGAUAGCCAAACUGAAGCCCUACAGAAACAGGACUUGGUUUUAAUUCCCAUGCCAUGUGUAGGUAACGUUUUGAGAGAAGCACAGCUCCCUUGUGUUAGUAAUGGAAUGAAUUAGCACAAAGCAAAUAUUUAAAAACACAAGGCUGUGUCCCUAGCUUGUGUAAAACACAACAGUAGCAAUAAAGGAACCUUUAAGGUUGAAGUCAGUGCAUGUUUGUCUGGGGGUAUGUGCCACCAAACUCCAGUGACAAAUGACUUUCAGAGCAUGCUUGUAUAGGAUUGUGCUUUGGAAUAGCAAAGGCACACCAUAAAAAUAAUGAAAUAAGAGUGUAGUAGUAAGUAUCCCUGCCUGUCAUGCAGGAGACCAAGGUUCGGUUCCCUGAUGGGAAAACUCAGUUUUUGAAACUUGUUUUAACACUUGAGAUAGCUUGGUUGCUGGAGCAUGAGACUUUUAAUCUCAGGGUCAUGAGUUCUUGCCCCAUGUUGGGUGCAGGAGGUUGGAACUAGUUUACGCUCCCGGUCCCUUCCAACUACAGUUCUGGGAAAACGGCAUAGGACAUAGGUGUCUCUAGAGUGAUCUGGGAAACAUUUUAAGUGUUUCUACAUAACCUUGCAGAGUGAUCCGAAUCCAAUUGGACGGAAGUACUUUGACAUAAACUGUUUUGAUCUAAUGAGAUACAUUGGUUUAACUAUAACCAUUUAAGCUUAAUUGUUUUGUGGACUGAGUUUCAUUGAGAUCAGUAAGAUUUCAUUACCCUUGGUUUUCAUGGUAUCCAACCUAGGAAUAUCCAUUCAAAGGAGGGGUAUAGGAAAAAGGAGAGGCUCUUAAAAACACUGGAGUUACUACAUAUAAUCUGGUUUUUUAAAUAUUUGAUGAACAUAUAAGCUUAUAUUUGCUGUUUGAUACUGAAAAACAUCCUCUCUUUUUCAUAGCAGGAAGGAAUGGAGGUGAUAACUGAAAAGCGGCACAUUAGGAGUGAUUUUGAAGCAGUAGAAGCUUUAAUGUCCAUGAGCUGCAGUUGGAAAUCAGACUUCAAGAAGUACGUUGAACUGAGACCAAUAACACCAGCAUCAGAUACGUCUGAAGAAAUUGAGGACAACCUGCUACCUGCUACUGACUUUCAAAUAUCAGCCUUUGUAAGCUUUAUUCAAUUAUUAUAAAUUUCUUAUUUACAACUAAGUCCUAUGCAUGCUCUUUCAGAAGGAAAUUUACUCAAUUUAUUGGCACUUGCUCUGAAGUAAGCAUGUGUAGAAUUGCAGCCUGAAGUUCAUAGAUCAUGCUAAUUAGUUGUGCUGAGUAGAGAGCUAAUUGCACCAUGUUUUUAUUCUUCCAGUGCUUGACUCCGCCCUACAGCCCUUCUGACCUUGAAAUGGCUCAGUCAGUCCAUCCCAUUGCACCAGCGCCACCUACUGUAAAGAGCAAGUCACUUGUUGACGCUUCUGAGCAGGGCCCUCCAACAGCUUUUAAGAAGACUGAAAAAGUUUCAGAAUCGAGAAUGCUGAAAGCACAGGCGACAAGUGUCAUUCGCCAUACAGCCGAUGCUCAGCUUUGCAGUCACAGAACCUGUCCAGCAAGAACAGACAGCAUUUUGAGGUGUCGGGAUGAUUACACAAGGGAAGCAAAGCAACAAGGCAAUGCAGAAGUGAAACAAAAUCCAUCUUGUGAAAGCGUGUCACUGGCUGCUGCAACGUCUGAAGAUAAGCGGCCCGAUGUGAAAGAAGAAAAACAUUCAGUGUUGGCAGUCAGUCCAGUGCCUUUCAUGCAGACCACACUCAGUAGUCCUCUGCCUGUGCCUGGUUCAGCACAACACUCUUCCCUGGUAGUUCCCACAUCUCCUGUGCAAGCAGGGGGAGUCCCUCCUGUGCCAUUGGUUUGCCAGAUGGUUCCGCUGUCUGCUAACAACUCUGUUGUGACAGCAGUAGUACCCAACACUCCCUGCAGUCAGUUGUCACCAAACCUUUGUCAGCCUAUGGUGUUCAUGGGAGCUCAAGUUCCCAAAGGAGCUGUUAUGUUUGUUGUUCCACAAACUGUUGUUCAGAAUCCAAAAGCACCUGUGAUCAGUCCCAAUGGCACCAGGCUCUCACCUAUCGCUCCUGCUCCAGGUUUUGCUCCUGCUGCAACAAAAAUCACUCCAUCCAUUGACUCUUUAAGAAUAAGAAGCCAUGUGUGCAGCUAUCCAGGAUGUGGAAAAACAUAUUUCAAGAGUUCCCAUUUGAAAGCACAUGUCAGAACACACACAGGUAAAUUUUGCUUGAGAAGUUGGAAAUUGUUUGUGUGUGUCUUCAUGUCAUUCAUGUAAUACUGAGGUUUCUCCUUUACUGAGUUUUGUAUUGUGGAAAACAUAAUGGGAAACCCAAAGUUUUCCUCAACAUUAUUUCACUUGCAUAGGAAUUUUUCACUAAUAGGUCAGUUCUAUGCAUAUUGAGUUUAGUGGGCUAUUUCUCUCUGAUGUAUAUGUAUAGGACUGCAAUCUUAACAAAGGCUAUUUCUUUUUUAUCUCACUGCUGAGGUCUAAGCUUAUGUUUCAUUCUGUCACUGUUUCGCUGUUUUAGAAUGGCUAGUGAAUCUAAUAGUGGUACAGUAAAUCUAAAUACAGUAAAAGAGAGGUAUUAUGUAAUUAUGCACAAAUGCAAUCAUACCCAAACAUUUCAGUAAUAUUUUGGAGCCUGGCAAUUUCCAAAUCCAAUAUUUUGCAUAAUCACACUUCCAUGAAGGUAGGUUUUGAGACCUCGGAUUAUUUGUGUAAAUUUAACCUUACUGCAAUAUAAAACUAAUGCUUUAUUUGAUGAUUUGAAUGCCCAUCUUCAAUAGUAGUUGUCUGCCCACGCACUUUGGAUAAUAUCAUUGAUUGUCUAGGGAUUCCUCUAGGUUUGUGAUUGGAAGUCUGAAAGCUUAAUUUGAAGUACUGUUUGAAGUACUGCUUUUUGAAAAAUGGCUGUACAGGUUGUGAAAUUACAAAGAUAGUGAUUCUAUAAGGUUUUGUCUGGUCUGUGUUGACAGCGCAGAUGAGGAUUUUUCUUAGAAUACUUCUUGUUCUGUUUCUUGAAAAUGGGUGCAAGAAAAACUGUAUAUUCUGUUGGUAAAUAAAUGCUCUGUUUCUACCAUUUUGUAUUUUAGGAGAGAAGCCAUUCAGCUGUAGUUGGAAGGGCUGUGAUAGGAGAUUUGCACGUUCUGAUGAACUGUCUCGCCAUCGCAGAACACACACAGGAGAGAAAAAAUUUGCCUGUCCAAUGUGUAAUCGCCGAUUCAUGAGGAGUGACCACUUAACAAAGCAUGCACGUCGCCACUUGUCAGCCAAGAAGUUACCAAACUGGCAGAUGGAAGUCAGCAAAUUAAAUGAUAUUAUUGUACCUCCUGCUUCUGAUCUUGCACAGUGAAAUAACACCAACUGACAAUACUGUUAACUAACUACUGUCACUGUGGUUGGAGGUUCAUGGUGACACAAAACAGCUUGCAAAAUGUCUGUGGUUCUGCACUGUCAUCCUUUGAUGGUGCAAGAACAGACGGAGAGGCAAUGGCUGGCUGUACUUCUGAGAGCAGCAGUGACCAGAAGGGCUGGAGGUUUCCUUUGUACUUGGAGAAGUGGAAGUGUCAAUGCCAGCACAAGAAUGUGGCUUUAAACAUGUGGAAAACUAUUCAGCUGCUCAAUGCAUCAGCUAAGUUUAAGCCAGAGUUAUGCAGGUGUUCUGAAGAGGUGUUGUAAACAAAACACAUAAGAAUACCAGUUUAUGGAAUCAGGGAUGACCUGUUUAUAGCAGAGUGCUGUAAUUUCCUUUUGGUUUAUUCUCUGAGGCCCAAUUAUGAAAGAUGAUGGAAUUCCACUUGUGUACCUCCAUAUCUUAGCAUAUAAACUAUAGCUGUUCCAAACAACUGUUAAGCAUAGACUUGAGUGAGAGAUGCCGUAUGGUUCCAGUUGAUCUAUUCAAUUAUUACUACAAGCAAGUCCAAUAGUAUUUUUACUAUACCCUUAGAAAACAACAUGAUUAGUACCAUUAGCUGUACCAGCAUCUUUGAAUAUUUCUGCUUUUAAGUUGUGUAUUGUUUCCUGUAUACCUAUACAGUUCUAUACCACUGAUUUUUUCAAAACCUUGAUACAGUGCACUUUGUUUAAAAUAUAAUCCUUAAAGAGUAAACUACACAGCUUGUUUUCAGAAGGAAGGACAAAGGUGGUAUGGUAUGCUACUUUCUGAAAAGUUACUCUGGAGGAUAGUUUAUGAUAGAAGUAUAUAAAUUGCUUUUAUAUAUUGAAGGUAUAGUUUAAAAUUGAUUAAAAUCAGUAAAAUGGGGGUUGUGUAGGAAAUGGAGAGAGUAAAGACACCAGCCCCAAAUGCCAGGGUUAUCCAAGCAUUUUUCUGCUUUAUAUUGUACCGUACUGAAGAAAAGUGAACAAUUGGAGAAUGGUGUAAUAUCUAUUUUGUGACUACUUAAAAAUUUUUGCACAAUAUUUCUUAUAAUGUACUUUAUACCUUGUUUACAAUAAAGAUACAGUUUUCUUUAUUAUAAAA